AAGAUUUCGAAUUGCUUGGUAUGCAUUUUCAGGGUGAGUAUUACUUUGAUAAAUGUUUGCCAUUUGGUUGCUCAAUAUCAUGCUCUGUGUUCGAGAAAUUCAGUACCUUUUUGCAGUUGCACAUCCUGAGACAGUUACCCAAUAGGCAGCUGAUGCACUACCUCGAUGACUUCCUGACAGGGGGACGACACGGGUCCGGGGAGUGUGAACAGAACCUUGGGACAUGCCUGAUGGCCUUGUCCGACUUUGGUGUGCCCAUCGCACACGAGAAAACACUCGGCCCAGCAACAUGCUUGACAUUCCUUGGUCUCGAGAUCGACACAGGGAAUAUGCAGGUCAGAAUACCAACGGGGACGCUGGGUGAACGGGUGCUGGCCGGACGCCUGGGUACCGGACGGUCUGACGAAGGACAUGACACUCCUGGAGCUGUUUCCUAUCGUACUAGCGGUACGGCUCUGGGGUAACUGUUUCGCCAACAAGAAGGUACUUUUCUUCUGUGAUAAUCAAGCAGUGGUUUCCAUCAUCAACAAACAAACAUGUAAGGUGCCCCGUAUCAUGUCCCUUGUCAGACAGCUAGUCCUACUCUGUCUAUCCCAUAACAUAUGGUUCAAAGCAAAAUACAUCAGUACCACAAACAAUGU